AUGUCGCUUUCCGACCCCCGAGCUCUUCUCGACACCAGCAUCCCCUUCGAUGACGCGAAGGUGGCGCUGCUGGACAAGGUCGUCGCAGCCAUGUUUGGCACGACAGACAAUCACUCGCGCGACGUGGCGCACAAAGUCUUGGGCGAAUUCAAGAAUAUGCCUGAGUCGUGGAGCUACGUUGCGGUCAUCCUGAACAAGUCCCAGGAUGCCAACACGAAGUUCGUCGCUCUCCAAAUCCUCGAAAACACCAUCCAGACGCGCUGGAAUAUCUUGCCGGAAGCGGAGAGGAACGGAAUCAAAGUUUUUGUCACCGACCUAGUUAUUCGCUUGGCGAGCAACGAGAAGGCGUGCCAGACGGAAAAGCACUUUGUCAACAAAGUCAAUGAAAACCUCAUUCAGAUUGUGAAGCAGGAGUGGCCAGAGCGCUGGCCGGGGUUCAUCACGGAGCUGUGCCAGUCAAGCAAGGCGAGUCAGUCGAUUUGCGAGAACAACAUGCGUCUGUUGAACAUGCUUUCUGAGGAGGUGUUUGACUUUGGUCGGAACGAGAUGGUGUCGAAGAAAGUGGAGAAGCUGAUGACGCAGCUGACUGCGCAGUUUCAGGAGGUUUUCGACGUUUGCAUGUUCGUGCUGAAGAGCUUCGUGGUGAACCCGGGCGGCAUGAAGGAGAGCCUCGUCCAGCAGACCCUCAGGUGCCUCGCGCACUUCCUCAAAUGGAUCCCUCUCGGCUUCGUUUUCGAGACAGACUUGAUCGAGACGCUGCUGCAGAACUUGUGGGAGCCAGUUCAGUUCCGCGCCGACUGCCUGCGCUGCAUCACCGAAAUCGCUUCGCUCCAGCUCUCAAGGGACGAAAGCCAGAUGUUUCGCGAGCGCCUCGCCGUCCUCUGGAUGCAGCUCGUCGCCAAAGUUCUCGCCCUCCCUCCGCAAACCCUCCGAUUCGAAGACGCAGGCAAAGUCCCGCCGCAAAUGCGGCUCUUCUGGGAGACGAUCUACUGCCAGCUCUCCCUCUGCCUCACAGCGUUUUUGAAGAAUCACCGCGAGACAAUCACCGAGCCGCUGGACAAAGAGAGGAAUGGCCAGGCAACCAUGCAGAUGCUCCAGCAGGUCGCGGCCAUGACGGAUCUGCAGCACGAGGAGACCUUCCAAAUCUGCCUCGACUUCUGGUUUUCCUUCGCGGAGAAGCUUCUCAACGAAGUCCACGAGAUCGUCAAGAGACAAAACAACGGCGCAGCUUCGCAGCCUCCGUUGAUGCUCUCCAUGCCCGCAAACUCCGACGUGGCGGGGGGCUGCAGCGCGAUCGACGCACUCCGGCUGCCCUGUAGCUCGUCUGAACUCUCAUGGAGAGUGAAGAUGUACGCGGGCGUGCUGAACGCCGUCCGCAAAGUCAUGAUCAAGAAAAUGGCGAAGCCGCAGGAGGUGUACAUACAGUUCGACCAAGAGACCGGCGAAGUCACCCGCGACUACGAAGUCGACACAGCGGAAGUCGCGCUGUACAACACGAUGCGAUGCACCCAAGUUCUGCUCACCAACCUCGGCCAGGAGGAGACAGAGGCGAUCAUGCUCGAGACGUUGAACACCGAGUGCAUGCAGGCCCCCGUGCAGCUGAACGGCUGGAACCCGACGACUCUGAACCGCGUCUGCUACUCCGUGGGUUCCAUCAGCGGCGCGAUGCGUGAGGACAUCGAGCGGCGAUUCCUCGUUCAGGUCAUUCGCAACCUGCUCAACCUCUGCGAACUCAUGAAGACGAAGGACAACAAAGCUAUUGUGGCCAGCAACAUCAUGUACGUAGUCGGGCAGUACCCCCGCUUUUUGAAGGCGCACUGGAAGUUCCUGAAGACAGUCAUUUACAAGCUCUUCGAGUUUAUGCAUGAGACCUUCCCCGGCGUGCAGGACAUGGCCUGCGAAACUUUCCUCAAAGUCGCACAAAAGUGCAAACAAGCGAUGGCUGCGAACCGCCCAGAAGAGCCCACGCCUUUUGUGAUGGAGAUUAUCGAGAAGCACACGAGGGAAACGGAGGUCCUCGACGAAAAGCAGAAUCUUCUCUUCUUCGAGGCUGUCGCAUGGGUGAUCUCUGCGGCACCGGAGGCGAUGAAGGGCGAGUGUAUCAUGGGCCUUAUGCAAAACUGCAACGCGACGUGGAAGCAAAUCAUGGAAGCUGCGAAGGCGAACCCCGACCAGGUCCUCUACUCGCUCGACGUUUCCAAGCGGCUGGUAAACAUCCUCAGAGUUAACCAACGUGUGGCAAAGGCGACCGGCGCUGCGGCGUUCACGCCUCAGUUGAUGGUUUUGUAUCAAGAGAUGAUUCAAGUCUACGGGCUCUACAGCCAGAAGAUUCUGCAGGAAGUCCAGCGCUGCGGCUCCGCGCGGAUCAAGCACAGCGAGGUCAAGGCGCUCCACCUCUACAAGCGCGAGACGCUGCAUUUGGUGGAGACAUUCGUCGACACAGCGGCGCAGGAAGGCGCCAACUGCCGCAAAGAAAUCGCCGAAAAGCUCCUCGGCGACCUGCUCCAGCCUGUGCUCUCUGACUACAAAAACAACAUCCCUGACACGCGCGAUUGCGAAGUCCUGACGCUGCUGUCCGUUCUGAUGGCGCGCUUGGACUCGAACGUCUCUCCGGUCCUUCCCGUGAUCUUCGAAUUCGUCUUCGACUCCACGCUCGACAUGAUUAAAACAGACUUCCAGAGCUAUCCCGACCACCGAGAGAAGUUCUACGAGCUUCUCAAGGCCUGCAACCAACACUGCUUCGGCGGCCUCUUCGCGCUUCCUCCUCACCAGCUGAAGGCCUACGUCGAGUCGCUCGUUUGGGCGUUCAAGCAUGAGCAUCCAUCCGUGGCAGAGCAGGGCCUACAGGUGACGUACGAAUUCCUGCUCAAACUCAUCAACGACAAGCGAGAAGUUUUGUCGGACUUUUGCAAUUUGUUUUAUUUUAGUUUGAUGAAGGAGACGCUGUUGGUGUUGACUGACACGCUCCACCGCUCGGGCUUCAAGUACCAAACACUCAUCUUCAUGCAUCUCAUCCGCAUCGUCGAAUUCGGCGUCGUCCAGAAUCCCGCAAACGGCAUCACAAGAGAAAACGUCAUGCAAAGCUUGAUUGACUUGCUUAGCCGGAGCUUCCAAACUGUGAACCAGAAGCAGGUCGAGGCUUUCGUCGUCGACUUGUUCAACUACUGCCGCGACCCGAAACCCACGCGCUUCCAGCAGCACAUGCGCGAUUUCCUUAUCUCUCUCAAGGAGUUUGCGGGAGAUAACGACCUGCUUUUCGAGACCGAGCGCGAGGAAGCGCUUGCGCGCGCGAGAGAGCUUGAUCGCCAGCGCCGCAUGCAGGUUCCGGGCAUGAUUGAGCAGUACGACUCGACGGUGACGGUGCGCGGCGGCGACGACGAUUAG